CUUAUCAUGGCUUGGUGUUACCUCUGCCUGGGUGUUAGUGGCCUCAAGUGUAAUUUCCUCUGAGGUUCCUCGUUUGGUGUCACCAGAGCCGAGCCAAGGCAGCUAUAUACGCACUGGAGGGUCGGGAUUAAGCCUCAGCCUUGGAUCAGGGAAUCAGAAAUGGGCACGUCUAAAACCAUUGUGCCUCGAAACUCUACAGACCGUAUGCUAUUUGCCUUCAUGGUGGUUGGAAUCCCAUUUGGUGUGGCAUGGCUUGGUGGAGUGAUCAUGCCACAUUAUCACAACACCAUUGACUUCACUGUCCUGAUGCACAUUACUUGUGCCAUCUUCAUCUUGUACAACAUAUGCCAUAAUAUGUUGCUGGUGAUCAGGAUAGAUGCCAGUGGUCGAACAUCAUACCUUCCAUCAAUUCUCAAACCAGGUUGGAGAUACUGUGCCAUCUGCCAAGUGAACUAUCCCCCAAGAUCAUACCAUUGUCACUUAUGUGAUGAAUGCAUCCUCAAGAGAGACCAUCAUUGCAGAUUUACUGGAUGCUGCAUAGGCUAUCACAACCAUCGAUACUUCUUGGUUGGAGUACUUUACAUAUUUCUGGGAGCACUUUAUGGCAUCUGGUACCAGUGGGACUAUGUGUAUACAACCAUAGAUCUGCCUGCAAUGUAUUUCUUCAUGACACUCAUUGCACCACACUUUGCCUUAUUAUUUGGUGCCAUAAAUCUUUGGGGUGUUGUAGUGGCUGUUCUCCACACAUUAGGCCUCUGCACUUUGUUCAUGACUGCAUACCUGUUGGCCAUCCAGGCCAGGGCAAUUUGCCGUGGUCAAACCCAAUAUGAAAUGAAAUGUAACAUUCAUGAUUAUAAUUUGAGCCUUAAG